AUGGCGUCUCUGUUGCAAAUUGCAGCCGCCCUCAGGGGCCAAGACGCGGCGUCGGUCUCCCCGCAGGUGUCUGUACAGCUGAACGCCUCGCUGAGUCGCGCGUGUUCGAAGGCUCUUUCCGUUCCUCUCGCACCGAAGCAGAGCGAGGCGACGCAGCCGGAAGUGGAGAAGGGAAACCACGAAACAAAAGACGCUGUCGGCGCGCUGGAGACGCAGGUCAGUGGCAUCGAGAUAAUCGUGGAAGGCAACACUCCUGCUUCGAUUUCGUGUGCGUCUUCUGCUUCUUCGUCUUCGUUCCGUCCUGGCGCUUCUUUCUUUCGGUCCUCGCAGCCUAGAAACGAGGGAGCGACCGAGGAAGAGGCCGAGCGGGAGAUUUUUCCUGUCGCUUUAGCCGAGGCGUUUGCGCAGAAACUAACGCGUCUCCUUGAAGGGAGAGAAGCGAGCUCGGAAAGCGGAACUCAGCGACAAGCCUGGAGCGAACGCAGGACGGCGGAGAACGGCCUCGCCGCGGCGACUGUCGCCUUCCUCGACCUCGCCGCCACGCGUCUCGGCGCAGUCGCUCCCGCCUUCAGUGCUUCCCUCACGCGACGCGCGUACGAGGUUGCCGCUGCUUGUGGACUCGAGAUUGACGCUAAGUCGAAGCGAGAAGUUUGUCCCUUCUGCGGCUGCAUGCGCAUUCCACUGCUCACUGCCUCUGCCUUCCUCUCUCGGCCGCUUCGCAACAAGCGUCGAGCAAAUCGCGCCUUGCGUCGAGAGUUCUUGCGGCAGCUUGCGGCUGGGGGAGGCGUCUCGUCUCCUACGCUCGCAGGGCGCGAGAAUUCCUUUUCCGCGAGAGACUUGCGUCGCCUCGCUGCAACCGCCGACCCCGCUUUUCACAGCGGGGAGGCGAAGAGAGACAUGCUCUCCGCUGGACCACUGUCCACCCCUGCCUCGAAUGUUCACACCUUCGCGGCAAAUCGGUUUCUGAAGAACGAACUGGUUUUCCUCUGUUUCCUCUGUGCGCGGACUUCCCCGCCGUCGCCCGGAUGUAUCUCCACCCCAGCGGUGUACCGCCAGCAGAAGCCGAGCUUCCUCGGGUCUUCUCUGCUGCAUGAGCCUAAGCGCGCGUCUCUUUCCUCCAAGUUGGUUUCUGCCUCGGAGUUCAACAAGCGGAAAAGGAGGCGCGCAGCGACAGAAGAGAAAACGCAUCCCUCCUCGUCAGACCCUCCCUCCCGUCCUUCUCCAGAUCUCCCGACUCCGACGCCUCAGCAUCCAGAUCCCGCUGCAACGGCGCACCUCCUUCCCCUCUCUUCCCCAUCUCAACGCCCCUCUGUACAUUCCCGUCCCCUGUCCUCGCUUCCUUCAUCGUUUCCUUCACACGCUUCUGCUCUCUCUCUGGCUUCGCGCGCCUCCGCUGCUCGACCCGCGUCGGAGCAAGGUCGGACCUCGGGAGGCAAACGACGGCGGACGCAGUUCCGAACUUUGGAAGACGCGGUUCGGGCGUCUUGGCAGAAGCCGGCUGCGGGUUUCCUCCCUCUUCGCCCGCCGCGGGGGCCUUCCGGUGGGGAUGCCUCCACGAAACCCUCGCACAGCGACGGUCUCGCGAGGCCGAGAGAAGGCAGCGCCUCUGCGCUCUCAGACGAGGCGCGAAGAAAGGACAGCAAGCAGAAGAACCGAUACUUUGCGCUCGUGCCUGGCGAGACGGCGAGGCAUGGAGGCGACGCAGGCAGACCGUCUGUGGGAGAGACGCAGGAAAAGCGAUCGAUGGAGGCACGAGGCAGGCCGGGCGCAACGCAGGCAGAAAAGCGCGACGAGACACGGGGGUGGCAGCGAGGGGACACAGGGAGGCCUCUUGAUGCAGAGAGACCACCGGAGAAAAAGCCCGAUCCUGAGCAAGGAGUGAAAACCGCCGUGGCGACAGGCGACGGAGUGGCGCAAGGGGGGGAGGGGGGAACGAAACAGAAUCUGCAGUCUGCGCCCGCAUCUGAAGCGGGGAAGACGGAGACGGCGUCCAGCAGUCUCUACGACAUCCUUCAACUUGCAGGUGUCGAUACUCUCUAA